AUGUUGAUUUUAACAUUAGCUGAUGCCCAUAUACCAGAUAGAGCAAUUAUAGUGUUGGUUGGUAAUUGUACCAAAUCACAAGAUUUCUUGAGUUUUUUAAAAAAUAGAGUUUGCGAUAACAUUAUUCCAAUCAAGGGAGAAUUUGAUUAUGACCAGUCUAUACCAAUGAAUAAUGUAAUAACACGCGGUAAUUUUAAAAUAGGGUUAUGCAGUGGUUAUACAAUUGUACCCAAAAAUGAUCCUUUGUGUUUGUUAACAAUGGCACGUCAAAUUGACACGGACAUCAUUGUUUGGGGAGGUACACAUAAUGUAGAAGCUUUUACGUUGGAAGAUAAGUUUUUCAUAAAUCCUGGCAGCUGUACAGGUGCAUUCAAUUCUGAUUGGGUUUGGGAAGAGGAACCUAUUGAUGAUGAUACUAAUACCAACACUAACAUUACUGUGCAGCAGAAGAGUGAUGAAAUAGAGAAAGAUACAAUAAAAGAGGAGGAAGAGGAAGUGAAAAAUGAGAGUGUUACUGAAGAAGAAAGAAAGUCAGAAAUAGAGGAUAAAUCGGGAAAGGAUGAGGCAUCAACAACAGAACAAGAAAACCAAAAUCUAGAAAAUACAAAAAAAGAUACCCUUUCAAGUGACAGUGACCAAAAAGAUGAAGAUGAAUUUGAAAAUGGGUUGAGCAGUAUGCCUAGUUUUUGUUUAUUGGAUAUUCAGAACAACACAUGCACCGUAUAUAUCUAUACACUUGUUGACAACGAGGUUAAAGUAGAUAAAGUUAAGUAUGAAAAGUCUUAA